CAUACCCGAGCGUGGAAAUGACAACAAGUCAAUUCCGAACAAAGACAAAAUGGCUACAUCACCAAAUGCCCAACAAGCAACAACACAAUCAAACAUAAAGCAAGGAACACACGCCAACAUAAACACCAAGAACAACAAUAACAUACAUCAAAAGGGGAGGGAAUACGUAUGCCAGAGUCUCCCCAAAAUGGAAUAGACCAUCACUUUGAUUUUAAAAAUCAUACCCUCAACAUGAAUAGGUUCUUGAUCGAAAAUGGACAAACAAGUAGCGAAACCCCCCCCAGGGCGCAACCCCACCGCCGCGACACCGUCAAGCACCUCCCCGCCCGGUCUUGAACAUCGUUUUGAUUCUUUAUUUAUCUUUGAUUCGAACCAAUUGCAAGUUGGAAUUGACCCCUCCCGGCAAAGCCCAGCGCACCCCUCGCCGGCGCAGUCCCCACCGUCGCAGGACAGACGGAUGCCGUGAAACGCCUCCCUACACCACAGGGUUGCAAGAAGUAAAAUGAAUUUACAAGCCCAUAUACCGGGGAAGAUCUCGGGGCAGGUGCCAAAUCAGGGGGGCAAUUCCUUCACUGGUAUGUCCCAACAAAAUGGAAAUCCAAUGUCCAAUCAGAUGCAAAACCCAUCUGUACAUCGUAACAUGGCCAAUAUGGAUACAGAGACACUCAAAGCCCAAAGGGAGUUCAUUUUAAAUAAAAUUUAUAUGCAUCUGAUGCGAAGGCAACAUGCACAAGAGAUAGCUCCAAACAAGAUGGUGGAUAUUGUGAAAAGGCUGGAGGAAGCUUUGUUCAAGAGUGCUCCUUCAAAGGAGGAAUAUCUGAAUCUGGCAUCUUUAGAGAGCCGCUUGCAUUUUCUAAUCAAGCAGAUACCUAAUAGUCAUAAUCCACGGUUUUCGCAUGUUAAUUCAUCCUCUUCUAUCGGCACUAUGAUUCCAACACCAGGCAUGCAUCAGACUGUUAAUUCUACCCUAAUUGGAUCAUCAUCAGUUGACAGCUCAAUUAUUGCUGGGAAUCCUGGAGGACCUAUUACAGCAACCUCAUGUAUUAACUCUGGAAACUUUCUUCCCACAGCUAAUGGGCCCUCUGGGGGAGUUCAUUGUGGUUCUUAUAACUCUGCUGAUGGUUCUUUGGGGAAUGGAUAUCAACAAAUGCCUUCAAGCUUUUCAAUCAGUUCUAGGGGGAAUAACUUGGUAACAUCGAUGGGUGCACAAAGGAUGACAAGCCAAAUGAUGCCUACUCCUGGUUAUAAUAAUAAUAAUAACAAUGAUAAUAUAAAUAACAACAUCACGAAUCAGUCUUACAUGAAUUUGGAGUCAUCAAAUAUUGUCGGAGUGCCUUCUGGUAUUGAGCCCACUGUAGCAUCACAGUCACUGCAGCAAAAGCAGCAUGUGGUUAGCCAAAACAGUCGUAUCUUGCAAGCACUUGGCAGCCAUAUGAGUAGUGGAAUGAGACCUGGAUUGCAAUCUAGAUCUUAUAUGGCAUCAACUGGGUCCUUGAAUGAUGGACUUGGCAUGAUUGGAAACAAUUUGCAAGUAAUGAAUGGUCAAGGAGCCUCUGAAGGAUAUAUGACACCAACCAUGUAUGCUAACCCGUCUAAGCAGUUAUCCCAGCAAUUUGACCAACACCAGAGAUCAGUAAUGCAAGGUGAUAGGUAUGCAGUCAGUAAUUCUGAUAACUCAGGGACUGGAAAUGUAUUUCCUGCAUCGUCUGUUGGGUCUGGGAUGAAUAAUCAAAACAUAAGUGAUGCAGCCUUGCAGUCCACUUCCAAAGCGAACUCCCCUCACGUAAUCAACCAGUCUAAUGUGAAUGCUUCACAACAAAUGACAAAUUUGAAGCUUCAAUCCAUUGAGCAGUCUGAAAAGAUGAGGUUUCAGCCUCAGCAUGCUCUUGGUGAUAAUCAUUUACAAUCACAUUCGCGUCAGCAAUUCCACGACCAGACCCAACAAUUCCAGCAGCAGCAAUUUGCUCAACACCAUCACCAACAGAGGCAACAAACUCAGCAGCAACCGCUUUUGCUAAACAGCAACGGCAUUGGUCAAGCUCCGAUCAUGUCUAAUUUGGGUGCUAAAAUCAAUACAGAGCCUGGAACUCAUGAUGAAGUGCUGCUCUCUCAGGUCCCCGAGCAAUUUCAGUUUUCUGAUGUGCAGAAUCUGUAUCCACAUAAUUCUAAUGAAGAACAAUCUAAAAGUAAUCGGUUAGUUCCUCCAUCCAGUCAACCAGAUACAUUUUCAUCAUUGACACCAACUUCAGGACAAAUGCAACAGAUGUUGCACCACCAUAUGUAUGCUGCAGAAGGUCAAACUGGUUUCAACAAAUCUUCUAAUGGAGGUCAUUCAGUUUCGAUGGUGCAAGGUCAGUGGUAUCCUAAGUUUCAAGAUGGAUCUCAAAUGCCCUGUAACUUCUCACAAGAUCAGAAUGGUCAGCAAGAGUUGCAUCAGAGAAUUGCUAGAUCAGAAGAAGCUCAGAGAAACCAUUUGCGUCUUGAUGGAGAUAUUGGUGGCCAAUCUGUUGUAAAUAGUGCGAUCAAUCCAAAUAGUUCGAGCACUUCCGCACGCAAAUCCAGUAACCUCACUCGAGAGGGGCAGCUCAGAAAUCAAAUGAGAUGGUUACUAUUUCUGAUUCAUGCACGUCGAUGCCCUGCUCCAGAGGGGAAAUGCCCAGAGCCUAAUUGCAUACAUAUUCAGAAACUAUUAAGGCAUAUGGAGCAAUGCAAUGCAUUGGGAUGUAAACAUCCUCGUUGCAAUGACUCAAAACGCUUACUUAGUCAUUUCAGGCGUUGCAAGGAUGCAACUUGUGACGUUUGCAUCCCUGCAAAACGUUUUAGGCAAGCUCAUAGAAAACCAAUUGCUCGCACUGAUUUUAGUUCUGAUGUGCCAAUUGCCGUAAAUGGAUCUUGUAAGGUUUUUAAUACUGGUGAAGCUGUGCAUAAGUUUGCUGCCAAGCCAUGUCCUUCAGUUGUUGAAACUCCAGAAGAUUUACAGCCUUCUCUUAAGCGCAUGAAGAUUGAGCAACCCUCUCAAGCUUUUGCAUCUGAAACUGAAAGCUUUAUUUCUCCAAACUCUGUUAGUGGAUCUCAUAUCUUCAUGGAGUCAGAGGCUGUUGAACAACAUGCUGAAAAUAUUGUGAUAAAAACUGAGGCUGCAGAAGUAACAUUGCAAAUUCCUACAAAUACUGGCCAUAUAAGUCCCGGGAGUACUGAUUUGCUCAAGGAUAACUCAGACAACACGUGUAUUCCACGGCCUGCUAUUGAUCCUCUUGUGUCAAGUACUACAUCUGCUUUUCCUAAACAGGAGAGUUGUAAGGCUGAAAAGGAAGUAGAUAUGGCUACACAAGAAAAUCUACUGCCUCCAGAAAGCAGUACUGGAUCCAAGUCUGGAAAGCCAAAAAUAAAAGGAGUCUCAUUGACAGAAUUGUUUACCCCAGAACAAGUGCGGGAUCACAUUAUUGGUCUUCGACAAUGGGUUGGCCAGAGUAAGGCAAAAGUCGAAAAAAAUCAGGCAAUGGAGAAUUCCAUGAGUGAAAAUUCUUGCCAACUGUGUGCAGUCGAGAAACUUACAUUUGAACCACCACCUAUUUAUUGUUCUCCCUGCGGUGCUCGUAUUAAAAGAAAUGCCAUGUACUAUACCAUGGGAGGUGGAGAAACUCGGAACUAUUUUUGCAUUAAAUGCUAUAAUGAGUCUUGCGGAGACAGCAUUGUGGUUGAUGGAACUAAUAUUACAAAGUCAAAGUUGGAGAAGAAGAAAAAUGACGAGGAGACAGAAGAAUGGUGGGUUCAAUGUGACAAGUGCGAAGCAUGGCAACACCAAAUUUGUGCUUUAUUUAAUGGUAGAAGGAAUGAUGGUGGACAAGCUGAGUAUACAUGUCCUAAUUGCUAUAUUAUUGAAGUUGAAAGAGGAGAACGAAAACCCUUACCCCAAAGUUCUGUUCUUGGAGCAAAAGAUCUGCCUAGAACAAUCCUGAGUGAUCACAUUGAGCGGCGGCUAGCUUGGCGAUUGAGGCAGGAAAGACAGGAGAGAGCAAGGGUUCAAGGAAAAAGUCAUGAUGAGGUUCCUGGAGCAGAAGGACUUGUUCUAAGAGUUGUUUCAUCAGUCGACAAGAAGUUAGAAGUUAAGCCACGUUUUCUUGAGAUUUUUCAAGAAGAGAACUACCCCCUCGAGUUUCCAUAUAAAUCAAAGGUAUUAUUGUUGUUUCAAAGAAUUGAAGGUGUAGAAGUGUGCCUAUUCGGCAUGUAUGUUCAGGAAUUUGGAUCCGAAUGCUCACAACCUAAUCAUCGGCGUGUUUACCUCUCAUAUCUUGACUCUGUUAAGUAUUUCAGACCAGAGAUCAAAGCGGUGACAGGAGAGGCUCUACGUACAUUUGUAUAUCAUGAAAUUCUGAUUGGAUAUCUAGAGUACUGCAAAAAGCGUGGUUUCACAAGUUGCUACAUCUGGGCCUGCCCUCCGCUGAAGGGUGAAGAUUAUAUAUUAUAUUGCCAUCCUGAAAUUCAGAAAACACCAAAAUCUGAAAAACUCAGGGAGUGGUAUUUAUCAAUGCUAAGGAAAGCUUCAAAGGAAAAGAUUGUGGUUGAUCUCACUAACUUAUAUGAUCAUUUCUUUGUGUCUACGGGUGAAUGUAAAGCUAAGGUGACUGCAGCACGGCUGCCCUACUUUGAUGGAGAUUACUGGCCUGGUGCAGCAGAAGAUAUGAUCUAUCAGCUUCAACAAGAAGAGGAUGGAAGAAAACAAUUUAAGAAGGGAAGCUUGAAGAAGACUAUCACUAAAAGAGCUUUAAAAGCAUUUGGUCAAACUGAUCUCUCUGGAAAUGCUUCAAAGGAUUUGUUGCUGAUGCACAAGCUUGGUGAAACAAUUAGCCCAAUGAAGGAGGAUUUUAUUAUGGUUCACUUGCAACAUUCAUGCAGUCAUUGCUGCAUUCUGAUGGUAUGUGGAACACGUUGGGUCUGCAAUCAAUGCAAAAAAUUUCAGCUUUGUGACAAGUGCUAUGAAGCUGAGCAAAAACUUGAUGACAGGGAGAGGCACCCUAUCAACCAAAAGGACAAGCAUAUGCUUUAUCCAGUUGAUAUUAAUGAUGUGCCUACCGAUACGAAGGAUGAAGACGAGAUUCUCGAGAGUGAGUUCUUUGAUACAAGGCAAGCAUUUUUGAGUCUCUGUCAAGGAAACCACUACCAAUAUGAUACCCUCCGUCGUGCUAAACAUUCAUCAAUGAUGGUCCUAUACCAUCUUCACAAUCCCACUGCUCCUGCAUUUGUGACCACAUGCAAUAUAUGCCAUCUUGAUAUUGAAGCUGGUCAAGGCUGGCGAUGUGAGGUUUGCCCAGAGUAUGAUGUAUGUAAUGCUUGUUAUCAAAAGGAUGGCGGAGUCACUCAUCAACAUAAGUUGACUAAUUAUCCAUCCAUCGCUGACCGUGAUGCACAAAAUAAGGAAGCCCGACAGCUACGUGUUGUGCAGCUUAGGAAAAUGCUUGAUCUUCUGGUGCAUGCUUCUCGGUGCCGUUCCGCACAGUGUCAGUAUCCCAACUGUCGCAAGGUUAAGGGACUCUUCCGGCAUGCAAUCCAAUGCAAAAGGCGCGCUUCCGCAGGCUGUGUCCUCUGCAAGAAGAUGUGGUAUCUCCUUCAACUUCAUGCGCGGGCAUGCAAAGAAUCAGAAUGUGCUGUUCCUCGGUGCAGGGAUUUGAGAGAGCAUCUUAGGAGGCUCCAACAACAAGCCGAAUCACGGCGUCGGGCUGCUGUGAUGGAGAUGAUGCGACAGAACGCUUCCGAAGCUGCUGGGAAUUCGGGGUAAUCAAGUUGUUCUCGCAUGAUCAAGCUGUACAUAGUACAAGUAUGUUGUCACUGUGUGAGGCACAAAGUGCUGGUAACUGAGAGAAGAACUAGUCAUGAAGGCCACCUGUGGGGGUGACUCCCAUGGCACAAAAGUAUUUACAUGAGGUGGAGUAUUGAUUCAAGCGGUUCUGUUCGUAUUUCAUCAAUCUUUUCCAUCCCAAUGAUCCCCUACAAGUUUGGGGUCACUCACUCACCAGGCCUUGCUGUGGAUAUAGAUGGAAAAUAUUUCCCUGGUAUGCGACUCUAGAACCUAUUCUUUCAUUUUAUAUUCCCUUAUCCGGUCCCAUCAUUCGAUGGCAAAUGUACCAUAGUUUUCUAAGUUCGUGUCAUAGCCCAGGGCGGGAUGGGGGGCUUGCUAGUUUUUUGAAGUCUUGGUGUCUACCCAUGGGUAUGGGUCAACAGAAAAUGUAGAGGAAAAAAAACCAUCCACCCUUCUAUCCAUGGGUGCCCCUCAAUUUCCUUUUGUGUUUUUUCUUUGUAGAUGGAUCUCUCAUCAUUUAAAGAUGUUAAAGUAAUAGUAAGCUGUAAUUUUAUU